GAAAGCAAGAGGAGGAAGUUCGGAGCUCUUUUUAUUUAAACCCCGAGCGAGGUGUUUGAAGCGGCCACACAUCCAUGCCCCACACUCAACCCUUUGUUUCAUGUGAGCUGCUUCGACCGUGCGGCGGCCCUGAUCUGAUGCUUCCUCGCUGUGCUUGAUCAUGACGUCAAAGCGCAAUCUGUUUGGCCGCCUGGUGCCGUGUCGGUGUCUACGCGGUGAAGAGGAAGCUGUCACCGUGCUGGACUAUUCCCACUGCAGUUUGGAGCAAGUACCCAAAGAGAUCUUCCCUUUCGAUAAGACUUUGGAAGAACUUUAUUUAGAUGCUAACCAGAUUGAAGAGCUUCCGAAGCAACUGUUCAACUGCCAGUCCUUGCACAAGUUGAGCUUGCCCGAUAAUGAUCUAACUGUCUUGCCAGCAUCCAUUUCAAACCUCAUCAAUCUCAGGGAACUAGAUGUCAGCAAGAAUGGAAUCCAAGAAUUUCCAGAAAAUAUCAAGAACUGCAAGUUCCUUUCUGUGGUUGAGGCCAGUGUGAAUCCGAUUUCAAAGCUUCCUGACGGGUUCACACAGUUACUGGGCCUGACUCAGCUUUACCUAAACGAUGCCUUUUUGGAGUUUUUGCCAGCAAAUUUUGGAAGGUUAACUAAGCUGCAAAUAUUGGAGCUUCGAGAAAACCAGCUGAAGAUGUUGCCAAAAACCAUGAGCAGACUGACUCAGCUGGAGAGAUUAGAUUUGGGAAGUAACGACUUCACGGAUGUGCCUGAAGUGUUGGAGCAACUGACGGGACUUAAAGAGCUGUGGAUGGAUGGCAAUAGACUUGCACUACUCCCUGGGUUCAUUGGCAAAUUAAAACAGCUGAGCUACUUGGAUGUGUCCAAGAACAACGUGGAGAUCGUGGACGAUGCCAUCUCGGGCUGUGAGAAUCUCCAGGACCUUCUGCUCUCCAGUAACGUGCUUCAGCAGUUACCCGAAUCCAUUGGUUCCCUUAAAAAACUGACUGCACUUAAAGUGGAUGAAAACCAGUUGAUAAGUUUACCAGAUUCAAUUGGAGGGCUUUCUUGUUUAGAAGAAUUUGAUUUCAGUUUUAAUGAAAUUGAAGUCUUGCCUCCUACAAUCGGUCAGCUACAGAAUCAAAGAACUCUUGCAGCAGAUCAUAAUUUCAUUACAGAUCUUCCUUCAGAGAUUGGUAACUGCAAGAACGUGACUGUGCUGUUCCUCCAUUCCAACAAAUUGGAGCACUUACCCGAGGAAAUGGGAGAGAUGAACAAACUCAAAGUCAUUAAUCUCAGUGACAACCGAUUAAAGAAUCUGCCGUUUAGUUUCACAAAACUGCACGAACUAACGGCGAUGUGGUUGUCGGAAAAUCAGUCAAAACCACUGAUUCCCCUUCAGAAAGAGGUGGAUCCAGAAACACAGAUGCAGGUGCUCACAAACUACAUGUUCCCUCAGCAGCCUAGAACAGAGGAUGUGCUGUUCAUCUCGGAUAAUGAAAGUUUCAACCCAUCGCUGUGGGAGGAGCAGAGGAAGCAGCGGGCUCAAGUGGCGUUCGAAUGUGACGAAGACAAGGAUGAGAGAGAGGCGCCAUCACGGGAAGGCAACUUGAAAAGGUAUCCGACACCUUAUCCUGAUGAACUCAAAAACAUGGUUAAAACGGCACAGAGCGUGGUGCACAGGUUAAGGGAUGAUGGGAAUUCGGACGACUCUGGAGCUGAAAUGAAGCCAAACGAUGAGAGAUCAGUCACAGCAAAGAGUUCUGUCGAGGUUAAGGAAUGUGCCGUCAAUGUCGUCGAACCGUCAGAAAACGUGAAGCGGAUUACGGUGGAAAAUUGCAUAAACAAAACGGCUGAGCAAGAAUCGAACGACCAUGGGGAAGAUGCACAAAUAAACUCCGACGUGGACGAAACACAUAAACUUGUAGAGGAUGAUGCCCUUGAGGAUUCUGAGAAUACCACUUCUGACGAAGAGAUGAAGAUGGCAGAAUUGCGGCCACCCUUGAUUGAAAUACCAAUCACUCAACCAAGAGUGCUUGCACUGGGUAAAGAAAAAAGAGAUGAUGCUGAUUCUUUACUCGAGGACUUAAUUCCAAACAGUAAUCAGAACAACAGCAAUUGUUCAACUCCCUCGAGGAUAUCGGACACCGUUUCCUUCAACACAGAGAGCAGUCAGGAAACCUUGCAUUCUACCCCUGACAAGGAUGCUAGAACUACCAUCCCACUCCUGAAAAGAAAUAAUCGGUGCGAUGCCCCUGACAUCUCGCAGCUGCAGAAUGGAGCAAAGUCGGGCACACCACUUCAGAGCAGCACAAGGAGCCCAGAGGGGAUUGAUUCCCCUGCGGGGAACAGAGAUGCCAUUAAGUUGUUUGACUUUGACUUCAACGCCGAGGAGAAGCUCGCCCUCCUAGAGAGAGGGAUUGAUGUGAAUAACUGCCCUUGGCAGUACCAGAGGUUGCUCAAGGUCGGGAUGAAUAAGAACGAGCUCGCUGCCGAGGAUGUGAUCCUGGGUUUGGAUGGAGUGAUCAAAACUAACGAUGGCGUUGAUGGGGCGAUCCAUGCAGAGCCAUCGGGGCGGGUUAUGGAAAGUAACGCCAAAGUAACAGAACAUUUAAAGAAUGGGAAUGACUUUCCAAUCGGCUUCCCUCAAAACCAAAUAAAUGGUUGCCAAGAAGAUAUUCAGAAGCUCCAGAUGCACAUGGAGGCAGGAAAACAGUAUUCACCGGGCCUGUUUUCAGAUGUUGAUGCUGCUAUAUCUAGGAGCACCGAGGAGCUGUCCCCGCUGCGGGAACGCCCGCGAGGGCCUGUGGUCAAGUCGCACAGCAUUACGCACAUUGAGACGGGGGGGUUGAAAAUCUAUGAUAUUGUCAAUGACAACGGACCGCAUGAGCAAGGGUUGCUGACCAAGGUGUGUCCUGGUGUCCUGCAGGGGCAAGGCAUGCCUCGCAGUAAGUCUGCCAGCCUGCUGAGUGAACAGUCGCUGCAACCGUUCACCGGCAACCCCGCGUCUUCCUCCGACAUGUUGUGCAAGAAGGCGGUGUACACGUUCGAUCAGAACUUCAACCCGCAAGGCAUCAGCUUGAGAGGAUCGGUGGUUUCCCAGCUGGCCCCGAUCCCUCAGUACAACAUCCAGUACAGCAGCAGUGCGUUGCCCAAAGAGAACAUGUGGCCGCAGAGGCCGGCCUUCCACGCGGAGCCCGGCAACGCGGCCCCCCAGCACCACCUGCGGCCAGAGGCGCACGACAACGCCAACUACGCCAAGCACUCCGCCAACAUCAACUUCUCCAACCGCAAUAACUCCCAGUCCAGCGUCUCUUACGCGGUGCAGCAGAGGAUAGCACCUCGGCCGAUGGAGAUGUGGGCUUGCCCGCCCAACGAGAGGCUGAUCCAGAGGGGCACCUUGCAGCGACAGAGCAGCCUCACCUCCAACUCCUCCGUCACGCUUCCAGAGGCCCUCCACUGCAGGCGGCUCCCCCUUCCCGACGGCGAUUACAUGACCUACAGGGACAUCCACACGCUGGGAAGAGGGCCCCAGCUGCCCCAGGGCUCGCAGAGACCCUUGUCCGCCAGGACUUACAGCAUCGAUGGCCCAACCGCCUCCAGGCCUCAGAGCGCCCGCCCGCUCGUCACCGAUGCUCCAGAGAGAACCAUGUCCAUCAGCGACUUUAACUACUCACGGACUAGCCCGACCAAGAGAGCUAACAUCCGAGUGAAAUCAGAGCACUCGCUGUUAGACGUACAGGGCACCAGUAAAGUCCCUUCUGACUGGAGGGAGCAGGUGUUACGUCACAUUGAGGCCAAAAAGCUAGAAAAGUAUCCAUCGCAAGGUAACAGCAUCGGGGACCCAGGUCAAGAUGAUGUCUUUAGCAUUGGGCCACAUAAUUACUCAACUGGAACCAUUGGUAUGAAGGAUAUACCGUCGGACACCAUAAGGAAAGUGUCUUUGACAAAUGGCCAGAUGUACCAACCUCCAAGGGUAGGAAUGAACAACAACCAGCCCCACCAUGCCAUGUCCCAAGUAACAGUUGGGAGACAUCCUUCCAGAGAGCAACUGAUCGAUUACCUAAUGCUGAAGGUAUCUCAUCAGCCGCCGUACACGCCAACACAAGGAAUAUCCAUGAGCCAUCCCCUGAGACAAUGCCGUGAUAUCAUACAGCAAGAGAUGCAUAUUAAAAUAGACAAGAAUCCCGAGCUGGGUUUCAGCAUAUCCGGCGGUAUCGGUGGUCGAGGGAAUCCUUUCAGACCUGAUGACACUGGUAUAUUUGUAACAAGAGUUCAGCCUGAAGGGCCAGCUUCAAAAUUGCUUCAGUCUGGAGACAAAAUAGUUCAGGCUAAUGGGUACAAUUUUAUGAAUAUUGAGCAUGGACAGGCAGUGUCACUAUUGAAGACGUUCCAGCAUGCAGUGGACUUGAUAAUCCUGAGGGAAGUGGCAUCCUAAUGAUGAAUUGUGGACGACGAGAAGAAAUCAAAACCAAUGUGAUCAAUUUUUUUCUAUAAGUAAUUCUGUAGCAAAAAAAAAAAAAAAAAAAUUGCAGCUGAUAUCACUUUUUUUACUUGGAGAUGAGGGAGGAAUCAGUGGACGGUUCGAAAUUCUGGCGAUGAGUUUAGGCUGUAUAAUAAUGUAUUGGGCAAUGUAGAGCUUUGGUAUAAGGGGCAUGACCACUGUACAAUGGUAGAGGUGCAGAUGCAGGGUGAAGAAUUAACAUAGUCAAAACAUCACUCUUAAUAUGAACAAACCUGUGUGCUUUUCUGUACAGAUUUUAGGUUUUAUUUUUGGAUAAUCUUAUAUAUUACUAAAGAAACUGUACACGGCUCGAAUAGUGAGCCUGAUUUUAGCUCGGACAGGUGGCAGGGCUAUCUGUUCCAUAGAUUUAAGCCUUUUAUUUUUAAUCACCUUUGUAUAAUUGUUAAAACGCUGAAACCACUGGGUAAGAUGUGCAAGGGCUGGCCAAUGGAUGUGUGUACUUUGUUUAGACGAACGGGUAGAUGUACGGUUCGAGCAUAUUCCAAUUUCGGCGACCUUGGUGGGAAUAUCUGACAAGAACUGAUGUCGGUGGGGCUAGGUUACCAAAGUGAAUCUUUGAUGGCAUGGUUUGAUGACAGAGAUGACAUCGCUGUGAGCGGGACGGGGAAAAGAAGCAGCUAAUUGAAGGGCCUGUCCCACUUUCACGACCUAAUUCACAACCUUUUUUACUCGUGGACAUUUUUCAUCAGGCUAGAAAAACGCCCCGACCUACUUGAUGCCACGAGUACCUACGACUAGCAUCACGGCCUGCUACGACCUACCUACGACCUCGUGAUGACCAUGCUGCGAGUAUGAGUCAAGGGCAAACUCGGCAGAGGUCAUGAAUUAGGUUGUGAAAGUGGGGCAGGCCCUUCAAGCUGCCUGGGAUGGAUCUGUUUCAACAAGAACGUUUUGAAUUGUGAAUUGGACUCUUUAAGACCAGAGUCACUAAAAGGGUUUUCUUAGUCCUUUCGCAACAAGAGAGGGUUGUGGUUAUGCUGCCCACUACUCUGAGAAUAUUAUUUUAUUACACUUAUCAUUUCUAGUGCAUUUGGCCAAUGUUUUAAAUAAAAUCUUUCUAUCUUUACUAAAAAAAAAAGAUAUAAUUAACAAUACUGAUGCCUAUUGAUCAGCUUUGUGAAUCAUAGUAAAAGUGCCAUAGGAGACCAAGAACCUAUCUUUUUAAAUGCAGACUUGAAAAAACUCUGCGAAGAAGCAAUACUGUAAGUCUAUAUAGUGAAGAGGGUGUAGGUCUAACAAUGAAUUUGGUAACAUGCUUGCCUUUGAAGAGCUCAACUUAACUGUAAAAUGUAUAUUCCCAAUUGAUCAUUAAAUGAGCAACAAACGCGCUGCUGGGGGAACUCAGCAGGUCACACAGCAUCUGUGGGCAUUACACGAGUUGAUUUAUUUCAUAAAAGGUCUAUUCUAAAUAUUGUCGAAGGGAGACCCUUUGAUUACUCCCAAAAUGAUGCUGGAGGGUCUUUUCACACACUAGUGGAAUCAAAUUGUUCAACAAAGUAGCUCUGAAGGUUUAGCAGUAACAUUUGUAUGCACCAAUUAAAUAAAAAAAAAUACCUGCUUAGGUAGUUCCAGUAAGUCACAGCAAAUCUUAACGGCUUGUUCUUGAACACGGGUGGGCGGCACGGUAGCGCAGCGGUAGAGUUGCUGCCUUGCAGCGCCGAAGACCCGGGUUCGAUCCCGACUACGGAAUGUACAGAAUCUGUACGUUCUCCCCGUGACCUGUAUGGGUUUUCUCCGAGAUCUUUGGUUUCCUCCCACACUCCAAAGACGUACAGGUUUGAAGGUUAAUUGGCUUGGUAUAAAUGUAAAUUGUCCCGAGUGUGUGUAGGGUAGUGUUAGUGUGCGGAGAUCGCUGGUCGGUGCGGACUCAGUGGGCCGAAGGGCCUGGUUUUCACGCUGUACCUCUAAACUGAACUCAACUAAAAAGGUAACCUGUAGCAGCAUUCCCAUUAAGAUGAUUGGUAUAAAAGUUUGUUGUGGGUUUUGAGAACAAUGAAGAUUUUAAAAAAGAUAGAUGCAAGAUCACAUUGUAUUGAUUGCUGACAAAAAAAUCCUAGAUAAAGUUUUUUUUAACCCAGGCAUGGUUUUUUAAAAGUGUGCAAACUGGUUUUACUAAUUUGCCCUGAUGGGGAAUAAUAUUAUUUCAGCUGCUUGGUAGUAUUAUAUCAGAAUAUAUACAAAAGUGUACAAUGAAAUAACCUAUUGGUCAGCAUUGAAGUUUUUAAUACAUUUUUUUUGUUCCAAGCUAGAAUUAAUUGCCUUUCAUGAAUUUGGUGAUCAUGUCGGAUGAUUGUUUAUGAGCUUUGCAUUGUGUAUAUACCAUCUGAUUACAUUCUUGGUGAAAGGACCUUGCCCAUUUCACAUUCGAAUUUUCAAAUUUUCAGAUCUAAUCUGAGGCACCUAGAAUUCAGAGUCGGCAUGGUGGUGUAACGGUAGAGUUGCUGCCUUACAGCGCUCGCAGCGCUGGAGACCCGGCUUUGAUCCCAACUACGGGUGCAUGCCUGUACAGAGUUUGUACGUUCUCCCCGUGACCUGCGUGGGGUUUCACCGGGAUCUUCGGUUUCCUCCCACACUCCAAACACGUAUGGGUCAAUAGGCUUAUUGGCUUGGUGUAAGUGUAAAUUGUCCCUAGUGUUUGCAGGAUAGUGUCAAUGUGCGGGGAUCGCUGGUCGGUGCGGACUCGGUGGGCUGAAGGGCCUGUUUCCGCACUGAAUCCCUAAAUUAAAAUUGACUGAUUUUUGCAUAUCCUAGAGAAUAAUUUUCAAAUCAAACCAAAUUUUACCUCAUUCAUCUGUUAGAUUGGAUCAUGUCAAUAAAUUUGUCAAAUAUUAAAUGCUGUCCUGCAGAUUUUGAUAAGCCUUAUCCUAUAACAAUGUUGACCAUGUGGAAAGACAAUUUGUGUCACUUUGAUUUUUUUUUUUCUAAUCAUAGGUUAUACAGUUUUUUUGUGUUUAUGGCCAGUUAGUUAACUGAUGAUCAGUUAGUGGUCCUUCAAGUAACCAAUGGAUUGCUGUCGAUGGCCAACUCAUGAAAGGUGGUAAUUCAGCUUAUCAUUAAACCACAAAUUGGAAAUUCUUAAACAUUCCCAUAUUUAUUAUGUAAUUUAUUUAUUCUGAUGGUUUCUUGUGGGCUGCAUUUUUCUAAAGAUUGUAUAUAGUUGAACACGUCCUUGAUUAGAACAAAUAUGAAUCGAACCAAAGUAGCCACUAUGCUUGGUUCCCACAGUAAUGCUGUAUUCCUGAUACGUUUUGGAACAUUGCCCUUUUUUUUGAGUAAGUCUGUGCUGUUUGAUAAAGAGCUACAUUUGUUCAACAUUCCACAUUUUGUAUAUAACUAGAUGGUUUCUAACAUAAUCUACAAUAAUUAGGGUCAGCUAACGCUCUUCACAAUCUGAUUUACUUUGUACAAUUUUAGUUUGUAAACAAGGCAGUUUAUUGUAUAUGAAAUCUUAAA